AUGGACGACGCGUACUCGCUCGCGAAGGCGUAUUUUGAUCUGGGGGAGUACAGGCGGUGCGCGCACGCGCUGCGAGAGGCGAACGCGCCGUUGCAGACGUUUUUGCGAGAGUACGCGACGUUUUUAGCGGGGGAGAAGAGUAAGGGGCAGGCGAGCGCGGUGGGGGGGGGGGACGUCGAUGGGGGGGCGGGUGCGGUGGAUUCGUCGCAGACGCCGUCGAUCGGGGCGCGGAAACAAGCGCCAGAGCCGAACGCGGGGACGAACGCCGAGCUCGAGUCGUUGAGCGAGUGGCUUCGCGCGCAGGAUUAUUCGGGAGCGAAGGAUGGGUUUUUGACCUAUCUUCACGGCAUCGUCUGUCGGGAGAGUGGACAGCCGACGCAGGCGAAAGAUUUGCUCGCGGAGGCGUGUCGGAAGUACCCGCUCAAUUGGAGCGCGUGGCAGGCGUUGAUUCCGAUGUUGACGAGCGAGGAGGAAGAGCAGGCGCUCGAUCUUCCGCGCGAGCAUUGGGUCUAUCGCUGGUUCAUCGGCGUCUUUCAACUCGAAAUGCAAAAGAACAAAGAAAGCUUGGACACCUUCGUGUCGCUCGGGAAAGAAUUCCCGCAGAGUAAGCUGUUGCUGGGACACAUGGCGGAGGCGCACUACAACUUGCGCGAAUUCGAUGAGGCGCAGGAAAUUUACAAGGACAUUCGAGAUUUGGAUCCGUAUCGUAUCGAUGGCAUGGAUAAUUAUUCAAACGUCCUGUACGUGAAGGAAUCGUUCGCCGAGCUCUCGCACUUGGCGCAUCACUUAGUCGCCACCGAUAAGUACACCCCCGAGACUUGUUGCGUCGUCGGCAAUUACUACUCGCUGAAAUCGAUGCACGCCAAGGCUGUGGUGUACUUCAAGCGCGCGCUGAAGCUCAACCCGCGAUACUUGAGCGCCUGGACUUUGAUGGGACACGAGUACGUGGAGAUGAAAAACCCGGCGGCGGCCAUCGACGCGUACAGACACGCAGUGGACAUCAACCCGCGCGAUUAUCGCGCGUGGUACGGCUUGGGACAGACGUACGAAAUCUUACAAAUGCCUUAUUACGCGCUCUACUACUACCAACAAGCGGUCAAACUUCGUCCGUCGGAUCCACGAAUGUGGUGUGCGAUGGGUCAGUGCUACGAGUCCGACCAGCUCCGUUUGUUUCAGUCCGCGAUCCGAUGCUAUCAACGCGCCGUGGCGAACAACGAGCGCGAAGGCAUCGCACUAUCCAAACUUGCCACUCUCCACAGAGAGAAGAAUGAAAAGGCGGCGGCGCAUUACUAUCUCCUCAAUCUCAAGCGCUUAGACGCCGAGGUCUUAGACGCCGAUAGUAACGAGAAGAUCGAGGCGUUGGAGUUUUUGUCUCAGUUUUAUAAGAAGGAGCGACGACUCGAAGAAGCCGAAGCCGCGUGCGUGCGCCUCUUGGACGCGCCGGGACCGGCGAAACACGCGGCCAAGGCUCUGUUACGCGAAAUCCAUAGCAUGCUGAGUUCAACGUAG